AUGGAUAUGGGUAAUGGGAGACCCUCCACACCAAUUGACAACUCUCAUCAUACUAGUUAUAGUAAACUAUGUAAUGUAUUUACUUAUAUAUGCGAGUCCAAAUUUGUGCGCGCUCUUAAAACCAAGGUUGUCAUGGAUGUUGUUCGUAUGGAUGAUGUUAGUUGCAUUGUUGUUGUUCGCUACUUUUCAGAUUUCAUUACCAUGCGUGGGAAUGAAUUUCCGCUUGACUGUUAUUAUUCGCUUCAAGCUCUUAUAUCCAUCACAAACAGUAAAAAGAAGACCAGUGCUGAUAUUUUCUUGCAAAAUGUUACUCAUGUAGCCUCUUCAUCUAGCUCUAGGGAAGAUUCUUCUAUUUAUAAUGGUUUUAGUACGUCUUCAUCGAGAAAUAAUCGUACUGUUGCAAUGUAUUUGGAAGACAAAAACAAACCUACAAAACCUUUAUUAUCGGAUGGUUGGCCCAAGGUUAUUGGUGAGGUUAGUCAUGUGUUUGUUGAAGGAGUUAAGAAAGUCAGGAUUGCUUUCACCAAGUAUCUUCUUCGCACUGGUUUCAACAUGGUUGUAACACACAAUGAGUGUUCUAGGUUCACGUCUAAGUGUGCAGAUAGCAAAUGCGGCUGGAAAUUUCAUGCAGCUUCUAUUGAUGAAAGGAACAAAAUGUUUCAGGCCAGAUCUUAUAACCCUGAACACAUUUGUGGUGCUGGUGGGCGCAACUUGAAUAAAAAAUACUCCAUCAGCUUCACGUCUAGUUUGAUUGAGGAUGAAGUUCGAAAAAAUCCUCACAAGAAUCCUAGGCAGAUUGCAGCUAAUUUCCAUACCAACUAUGGGAUUACCAUGGAGUAUUAUCAAGCGUAUAAUUGUAGGGAAAAGGUUUAUGAGACGAUUUAUGGAGAAGAUGUGAAGUCUUACUCGCACUUGGUAUGGUAUAUUGAUGCUAUAAGGGAAACCAACUCUGGAAGUGUGAUAAAGUUUGAAUUUGAUCCUGCAAGGAAACAAUUCCAACGGAUUUUCAUCGCACUUGUUGCAUGCAUCAAAGGGUACCGGUUUUGUCGCCCAAUGGUAUACUUGGAUGCUACUUUCCUUACUGGUAGAUUCAGAGGUUGCUUGAUGGCAGCUACUGGGAUCAAUGGUGGAUUUUUCCCACUUGCUGCGGCACUAGUCGAUUCUGAGAAUGUCAACAACUGGGAGUGGUUUUUAAGUAAUUUGACUGAAGUUGUUGGUGAUGGGAGGCCAAUCACCUUCCUUUCGGAUUGCCAUGAAGGAAUCUUGCAGGGUGUUCCACUUGUCUAUCCAGAAUCGUUCCACAACUUAUGCUACUAUCAUUUAAUGACUAAUAUGCCCAUCACUGGAUUAGAUCCUAGUACUCUAGCAGAAUCACUCAAUAGCUGUCUUGUGGUUCACAAAAAGAUGCCUGCAUCUGCUCUUCUUAAUCAGAUUGGGAAAAAAAUAAUGUGCUUGAUGGCAAAGCAUCGUGAAAUUGGCGCUAAUACGAUGACUCCAUUAACCCCUGAGUAUGAGGAAAAUCUUGAGGAUAUUCAAGAUGAAGGAUGUGUAACUUGUAGUUACAAUAGACAUAUGUGUAACUGGAAGAUACACAUCAUGUGGCGUGUAUACGGUUUCUCUUGUGCUCAUGCUCUUGCAUCCAUACGGAAGAUUAAACGUCAGGCUAUUGAUUUCAUUUAA